AUGCUUAGAAGAGCUAUUUUAUAUGUGGCCGUUGCUGCAAUUGCAAAUGCUGCUGACACAAUCGAUCCCUUGACUGAUAUAGCAUCAUACACCGAUGCUGCAUUCCUUAUUUCUGCAAUGAAUGAGUAUCCCUAUUUAAUAACGUACUACUCUGAGGUAUUCGGAGCAGACUGGCAAAAGACAAUUCUGGAUGCCUUAGCUUACACUGGGUAUUUACCAGAUUACCUUUCCUAUUAUUCUACUUACACAGUAGACACUUUGACCGAUUUAGAGGGACACACUGAUGCUGCAUACCUCAUUUCCAAAGUCAACGAGAAUCCCGAUGUAAGAGUGUUCUACUCUGAAGCAUAUGGUACAGACUGGGAAAAGACCAUUCUGCUGUCAUAUGCUGCUGGGUUCUAUAAAGAAUACUUAACAGGCUAUCACAUUUUGUACAACGCUUACGGUACUUCUUAUACCGAUUCCACGUAUGAUACAGAAUCUUAUCUUGCUCAAAUGGGAUCUUUCUAUGAAACAUCGUUUACCGAUUACAGUGCUUACGCUUCUUACUACCGCUCCUUUACUUCAUCCCAUUUCAUUGAGCUUUCCCUGUGGUGUGGAACAGAUACCAUAAGAUAUAGCAGAGAUAUUCACCAAAUUUCUCGUACCAAUUUUGGGUUUUAUGUAGGGGCAACCAUAGGACCUGGAGGAACAAAUUCAACGACAACUUUGUCCAGCUCUGCAUCCAGAUAUGAAUCAGGCUUCACUACAGGAGAUAGAGAAAACUUUCAGACUACUGAUUCAUCUCAAUCUUCAGGAUCUGCGACCGAUUCCUCAGAAGAAAGUUCACCUUCCAAUGCUUCAUCAGGAACUUCCACAUCCAGAAGCUCAACAUCUGGUAAUUCUUCGUCCUCAAUUUCCUCAACAGCUGGCGUGUAUUCCGUUGGCGUCCCAUUGUUCGGGCUCUUUGCUGCAUUAAUUGCAGCUUUAUAG